ACCCCCCUCCAUUUGAAACCACCACCACGGCCGCCCCCAAACGGUCACCACCACCGCGACGGCUCCAAAGGCCAAAGCGCUCGCCCCCAUCCUCCUAGCCAGCCCGACCGAUCCGGCGGAGGGCGCUGUACGGCGGCGGCGGCGGCGGCGCCAUGGCCUCCCCCAACCCCGCCGCGGCCGACGCGGCGGGGCUGCAGAAGAAGAUGGAGGCCGCGGCGGGGGGAAGCGAGGGGCCGCCACCCGCGUACGGCGCGGUGGUGGGGGUGGUGGUCGCGGAGCAGGCGCCGCCCAGGAGGCUCGCGCCGGCGCGGAAGGAGCGCGUCUGCACCGCCAAGGACCGCAUCAGCCGCAUGACGCCCUGCGCCGCCGGGAAGCGCAGCUCCAUCUACCGCGGGGUCACCCGGCAUAGAUGGACAGGGCGAUAUGAGGCUCACCUUUGGGACAAAAGCACAUGGAAUCAGAAUCAGAACAAGAAAGGGAAACAAGUAUAUUUGGGCGCAUAUGAUGAUGAAGAGGCUGCGGCAAGAGCCUAUGAUCUUGCUGCAUUGAAAUACUGGGGAGCUGGAACACAGAUAAAUUUUCCUGUCUCGGAUUAUACAAGAGAUGUUGAAGAGAUGCAGAUGAUCUCCAAGGAGGACUAUCUUGUAUCUCUUCGAAGAAAGAGCAGUGCCUUCUCUAGGGGAUUACCGAAAUAUCGUGGGCUUCCCAGGCAGCUCCAUAAUUCCAGAUGGGAUGCUUCUUUGGGACAACUACUUGGCAAUGACUACAUGAACCUCAGUUGUGGAAAGGGCAUUGCACUGGAUGGAAAAUUUGCAGGAAGCUUUGGGUUAGAGAGGAAAAUUGAUCUAACAAAUUACAUUAGGUGGUGGGUACCCAAAAAGACACGGCAAUCAGAUAUAUCAAAAGCAGAAGAGGUUGCUGAUGAAAUCCGUGCUAUAGAAGGUUCAGUGCAACUGACUGAGCCCUAUAAGCUGCCUUCUCUUGGCCUUGGUUCCCAUUCAAACCCCUCUUCAGCGGGUCUAUCUGCGUGCAGUAUCUUAUCUCAGUCUGGUGCCUUCAAAAGCUUCUUGGAGAAGUCUACAAAAUUAUCUGAAGAAUGUACAUUUAGCAAAGAAAUAGAUGAAGGAAAGGGUGUCGUGUCAGUACCUACUACUGGACAUCAUACAUCUCCAGUUGACAUUAACAUGAAUGGGUUGCUAGUACAAAGAGCUCCAUACACAUUGGCCCCUGUUAUGCCUACACCAAUGAAAAGUACCUGGAGCCCUGCCGAUCCUUCCGCGGACCAUCUAUUUUGGAGCAACUUCAUCUUGCCAUCGAGUCAACCCGUCACAAUGGCGACAAUAACGACAACAACGUUUGCAAAGAAUGAGGUGAGUUCAAGUGAUCCAUUCAAGAACCAGGAGUAUGAACAUACCAAAUAGCGAGGAUAUUUUAGCUGCAGGUUGAUGCUGACAACGUCGUUCACCUCCGGCGUGUUUCGUGCCGCCAAUCUUUUGAUGUGGUGGCUUGUGAGCAAUACUCUUUGUAUCAAUACUUCACAGAACAUGCAUAGAAGGUAAGAAAAUCAUAGUUAUGUAAUAUACAGUGGCUAAUGCCCAGGAAACAAUGUGUAGCUGUAAAGCCGUCUGUAUAUAUUGCUGUUGUCUACAGAUUUGAGGAAGAGAACAGAAAUAGGAAUGUGAUUUUUGUAUGCUUAGUUGCUUAUCUUGUGCAAAUAUUUGGACUCUUGAGUUAAAGAACCAUUGUUUCGCCCCUCGGC